GCCACGGGCUCCAGCAUGGGGGCCGCCCUGCUCCUGGCGCUGCUGCUCUCCCGAGCCGGAGACCUGCUGGCUCUGCCAAGGAGCGACUGCCUCGCAGCUGAGCAGCUCUGCCUCUCGGACUCCACCUGCAAUGCCACCUACAGGAUCCUGGAAACCUGCGCCCUGGCUAAGACUCGCUUGCACGCCCUGGACCGCGACAGCCGGGUGAGGUGUGUGAAGGCAGAGCUGGAGCUCGGGAGCAGCUCCCUGCUGCGCUGCAGGUGCCACCGGCGCAUGAGGCGGCAGGAGCGCUGCUUGCGUGUCUUCUGGACUGUUCACUCCAGCAUGACGGAUGGUUAUUUCAAUUUGGAGACCUCUCCCUAUGAGAAUCCAGCAAAUGAAGAACACUGGAAGACAGAUUAUAAUAAACUGGCAGCUCUAGUAUCAGGCUCAGAGAUAGCAGGAGAUGCAACAAAUCCAUGCCUGAAAGCAACUCACGUCUGUAAUCUGAGCAAGAAGUGCGUUCGCCUGCGCACAGACUACGCCUCCAUCUGCACGAAGGGGGCAGGCAGCGAGGACACGUGUGACCGCCGCAAGUGCCACCGAGGGCUAAGGAAUUUCUUUGAGAAAGUCCCUGAGGAUUUCACCAAGAGGAUCCUGUUCUGCCCAUGUCAAGAUGAACUUUGUGGAGAACGACGCCGGAAAACUAUUGUUCCUGAUUGUUCCUUCCAGUAUAACACCAAACCCAACUGCCUCUGGCUUCUGGACUCCUGCUUAGAAGACCAUAUCUGCAAAUCCCGACUGGCUGACUUUCAACAAAACUGUCAACCUGCAGACACGUCUCCAGAUGGUUGCUCUCAGCACAACCAUGCUGCAUGCCUGCAGGCUUACAUGGGGAUGAUUGGCACACCUAUGACACCCAACUAUGUCAGCAACUCCAGUGUGGAGGUUUCCCUGUGGUGCACGUGUGAGAGCAGCGGCAACCAGAAGGAGAAGUGUGACCAGAUACUCAGCAUGUUUGAGAGCAACAAAUGCCUUGAAAAUACCAUUUGGUCUCAAAUGCACCUGAAGCAGGCAGCUCUAGAACAACAGGAAGACUUAUUUUAUUCAUCUUCCCUAAGCUUCCAAGGAGACAGUGCCAGCACAUCUCUUGCUUCAGACAUGUCCCAGGUGGCUGAAGGGAAGACACAGCAAGACAUCUCUGAACACAGCAGUAUGCCUAUGGCCUCCUCUGUGUAUUCUGGAGCUGCUGUUUCUUGGCCAUCUCUAGCUCUGUUCCUGCCCCUGUUGCUGAGCCCCCUGUAACUUGGCAUAAAUGGCAUCUUUCCUUCCCAUAGUCUUAAUCUUAUUUCAUAUGCAGGCACCUCCCACUACUGAUCUACCUUUUGGAAAUAGAAAGCUUUCAGAAAAGAGGAAUGGAACAGCCUAAUACAGUCACUAAAAGCCUCCCCACAACCUGCACCCCGCUUCUCCCCAGUCAGUUUGCACUGAGCUCUGCAGAUGUGGGGCCCACCAUUGCUUCUGCCAUGUUAGCAUUCUGAGUGACAGCCAGGCUAGUGUUCCAGUGCAGUAUUUUAAAACAAAGGUCCAAGUUCUGUCAGAAUUUGUGCAGGUUUGGCUUCAGACUGCAGGGAGGGACUUGACGCAGUGUAUCCUGCCACCCCAUCUUCUGGAGCUCUUCCUCAGGCAUACAAUCCCAGAAUGGUUUGGGUUGGAAAGGACCUUUAAAGAUCAUCUAGUCCAAACCCCCUGCCAUGGGCAGCGACAUCUCUUACUAGACCAGGUUGCUCCAAGCACCACCCAACCUGACUUUGAACUCUCCAAGGGAUGGGGCAGUCACAGCUUCUCUUUGCAACCUGGGCCAGGGUCUCGCACUCUCAUAGUAAAGAAUAUCUUCCUCAUGUCCAAUCUAAAUCAGUUUAAAACAACUGCCUCUUGUCCUGUCACUACAGGUCCUGGCAAAAAGUCCCUGUCUUUCUUGUGAUCCCCCUUCAUGUAUUGAAAGGCCACAACAAGAUCUCCCCAGAGCCUUCUCUCCUCAGGCCAAACCCUGACAACUGCCUCAGCCUUUCGGCACAGGAGAGGUUCUCCAGCCCUCUCAUCACCUUUGCGGCCUCCUCUGCCCCUGCCCACACAGGUUCAUGUCUGCCUGGUGCUCGGCUGGACACAGGACCCCAGGGAGGGCAGAGCAGAGGGGCAGAAUUGCCUCUCAGCCCGCUGGCCACGAUGCUUUUGAUGCAGCCCGGGAUGCAAUUCUGCCUUAUGGGCUGCAGGCCCACAUUGCUGCCUCGCCUCUGAAUUUUCAUCUACCAGGAUCCUCAGAUCCUUUUCUGCAGUGCUGCUCCAACUCCACGCACGCCCCAGUGUAUUCUGAAGUUAGGGAUUGUCCCAGCCAGGUGCAGGACCUUGCCCUUGGCCUUGUUGAACUUCAUGAGGCUCCUGUGGGUCCGUUGCUCAAGCCUGUCCAGGCGCAGGGAACAGCAAACCAUCCUGAAGAGUCUGGGCUCCAGGGUGGGUUGCAAGUAGAUCUCAAUAAACAUACACAUAAAGUCCUGGUAGGCACCAGUUCUGAAUUACAUUCAGUUCCCUUUUCAAAUCCAUUAAGUGCAUGAAAAAUACCAUCCCGGGUCAAGGACACUACAGAUCAUAUACUUGCUCCUUUCUGGUUUGCCUCUUGCAACAUAUACAUAUAUUAUCCAUUGUCACAGCUAGCAACAGAUUUGGGUUUUGUGGGUUAAGAUGAAUUUCUGUACUCAACUCCAAUAAGUUUAGUCUUGUCUAACAAAGGAUGACCUUGCCUGGCCUUAGGACCAACCUUCUCAGUCAUGCUGAGAGAAUAAUUCAAUAUAUAUCGAAACUGUACUGACCGCAAAACCCCUGGAACAUUCAGUUGCAAAAAUCUUUGGGAGCUGCAACUACCUUGUACCUCUCUACAUUCUGAAGUCAUCACUGUCCCCUUUGCACUGCCUGCCUGAUCUUCUCCUCCUCUGCCAAGCUGCAUUUCAUGACCUGUUUAUUCUGACUAUAAAUGUGUGCACUGUGUAACUGCGGUUAUUUUGUACUGCAUUUGCCUGUUAAAAUGUGGUGUUAAGUGUAUAUUAAGUAUAUAUUGAUUUCUGAGCAUAGGUUAAUAGUCCACAAUCAAUUGUGUGCAAGAGUUGCCUCACCAGCCAGCCUGUGCUUUCAGGAUAGCUGGAACCUCAGCUCAAGGCAGCUCCUCCAUGCACACCUGCAGUGCUCCUUGCUCACCCUGUGAGGCACAGGAGACCUGAACAUUACACACCACCAAACUGCCACAGUCCUGACAGAUGCAGAACGGGUGGGUAUUUCUUUUUACCCUGUGCUUGAUCUGUUGCCAGGGAAGCAUCAGCUAGGUAACAAGCCAUGGUUCCCAGUCACUGUCAGACACCUUCUCGUUACAGAAUCUGUAAUAGAUUAGUAAUUGUCAGAGUAAUUGUCUUUCUGCAGUGGUUAUACUUCCAUUUCAAAUUCCAGCCUUCUCUCUACUUCCUGGGCAGGUAGAGCAAGGAAAUAACUGUGUGGAGCUGAACCAUCUCCUCUGUUGCACAGAGAAGCAACAUCCUAUUUCCAUCCAGUAGGAGCAAAUAUCUUGUCUUCUUAAUAAAGAGGAGUAUGAAUGCUGGUAUUUCUGAUUACCUAUUGAAAUAAGGCUAUUUGGAUCCAGAGGCAGCACUGUUUCCACAUGUUUGCAACCAUUCUUUCAUGAAAACAGAGUCCACGUUACCAUAUUCUAAUAUCUACAUUAGACCAUCCUCCAUGGUCAAGACUCUCAACUAGUGUAAUAGCAUCUGUCAUCUCCAGAAUUUAGUGGAGAAUGACAGGGAAGAAAAGGUUGUUCUUUCCAAUAUUCCACAGAUCAGUGAGGGUAUUUGUGAGAAUAAUGGAGCAGAUUUCCCUGAGCUGUCUGUAACAUACCUACAGUGUACUGUAUUCAUCUUCCACUUAUCUCCACUGUCAUCUUUCCUCACUUUAAUGCUCUAAGACAGGUUAAUGUGGAUAAAGGUAUUAGCAUUUUGUUGUUCCUAUUCCAGGCACCUUGGACCUCUAGCCCCAUACCCUGGCUUAGAAGGUUCUUGAUUACAAUUGCAGCCUCCUGUCAUGUCCUGAAUUACAUAGGAAAACAUUUGACACUCAAAAUCUGCUCUAGACUGAAAUUAAAGCAAAACAUGUCAGCUUGUUUUUUUUUCCAAGUGUCCUAUGUCUCUUUUGCAUGUAGAUAUGCACCUUUAUAUAUGUGGGGGCCUCUUAAGUCUUCUUCAUCAAUAAUUGCAAACAAAAAUCACCUCUAGGUACACCUGCAUUCACAGGUACUCACACUGCUCUGAGCACAAACCCAUUUUUGCUUGGAUUUUUGUAACGCCUGAUCUCCAGAUACCUCAUGCAACUACACAGCAGACAUGCAUGCACAAGUACAAUGACGACUAGAAAUGUCAUGCCAAUGUCAGUUCAGUCCUGUUAGCACCACUGAUGUCCAAAGACUGGCACAGUUACCUAAACUCAUUCAGAACAGUUCUUACUAACCAUACUACAGAUCAAUUUACAAAAACUGCUCAGCUUCUUUUCCCCAGAAACUGGAAUACAACAUCACGUGAGUAUCUUCAGUCUAAAUACAAAAGUAAUCUAAUAAAAAUUCUCUAUCCUGACAGUCUUAACAUUGAGCUCUUAGCAAGCAUAUACAAGGAGGGAACCUUAUAAUUGUUGUAGAUUAUUUUUAAAAGUGUAAAAUAAUGCCAAAUCUCAGUAAUAAAUUUUAUCUUGCAACUCUAGAA